AUGACAGUCAUCCCACCACCAACUCAUCCAACCCAGCUCAGCCAUCCAAAUCCACCAAUCCACAGAACCAACAUCCAGCCAGGAGGGGGGAGAGAGAGGGAGGCCAAGUCCCAAAUCCAGGAGGGGAACGAGGGGGGAGGAGGUUGGAGUCGGAUGGCACGAGCCUCGACGGCAGUAGGCCAGGGAGAUGAGGGGGGAGGAAGAGGAGGGGGAGGGAUGACCGGGGAUAAGAUAUGGAAGGCCACACUGGAGGAGCCCAGUGGCCAGGCCAGUGCCGGGCCGGCCAGUGGAGACAUCGGAGGCGAGGACCAAUGCCCGACUGGGAAGAGGGGUGGUGCGGAUGAGCGCAAGGGCAUCUGGUACGAGCCUACCGCUUGCGGGGAUUUGAGGGAGAUGGCCGGGAGAAGGAGGGAGAGGGCGGAUGUCGGCAUGGAUGGAGAUGAGGAUCGGAGGAGGAGGAGGCUGGGUGAUCGACAGCUUGUUUGGCCAAAAAAAGAGGAGAUCUCCUCUGAAGACAAAGCUUGGCUUGAUAGAGACGGGAAUAUGGUGGAAGAACAGGUUGUACUCGACAAGCUUGAGGCCGCCUCUGAUUACAAGCGUGGACUGUCUCGCUUGGACUCCACUGCACAGGCUGUUGUUGCUAGGAUCCUUGCUGUGAUUGAUGUGAAGAAAAAGCCUGAUGUAUCGGCUAAGCAAAAAUGCCCAGCGGAGAGAAAGGCUUCUGAGAACAGUGGCCAGAGUGGGAAGAAGAUCGAGGCCCCACCCAAGUUCAAGAAGAAGGAGAAUGCAAUGCUGGCGCAACACAUUCAGAUUCUUGACUGGCAUCACUCUCAGUCAAAGAAGAGCCAGAAGGCAACCACCGCACAUUUCAAUGCCUUGUACCCGAACUUGGUAUUGAAGCAGCCCUUAAUCUUGGCAUGGCUAAAAGAUGAGGCAAAACGGUGUGAGCAUUGGAAGGAGGAACAGAGCAAAGGCGCAGCCAGGCAGACAAAGCGUGCAAAGCAGGUUGAGCACCCUCUCAUUGACUCUAUGAUAGAGGUCUGGAUUGCACAGAUGAUGCAGGAGUGCAUUCAUCUCACAGGUGAACUGAUUUGCCAGAAGUGGACUCGGUUUGCAGAUCUUCUCAAGGUCCCUGAAGAUGAGCAUCUGAAACCGAGUGAUGGGUGGCUUGCAUUGUUGAAGCAGUAUUGCAGGCUCAGGGAUCUCAAAUGGCAUGGGGAGGCAGAUUCUGCUGAUCCCGCCAGCAUUGACUCGGAGCGUUGUUGCAUCCAGGACAUCAUCCUGAAUGAAGGAUAUGAUCUGUGUGAUGUCUACAAUAUGGAUGAGACAGGCUUGUUCUGGGUGAUGGUUCUGGAUCGUGGCUUGAUGGAUUGCGCCAUGUCGGGAGUCAAAGGCAUCAAGAAGAAGCCAAAGCAACCUCAUGCCUUCAAGUGCAAGACAGGUGCCCAGCUCGGGUUUUAUCAUUGCAAUAACACGAAGGCUUGGAUUAUGACUCUGAUCUUUCACAAGUGGAUUUGCAACCUAGACCGUUGGAUGCAGCAUGAGAACCAUCAGAUCCUUUUCUUGCAAGAUAACUUCAGUGCACACGUGCCGCCAGACAAUAUUCAGAACAUCCAUGUUGAGAACUUUGCUCCAAAUCUGACAGCACAUGUUCAACCAAUGGAUGCAGGAAUCAUCCGGGGACGCCGCGCUCCUUGGGCACGUGACCAUGCACGUGACCCACUGCGCCCUCUCUGCCGACCCGUGCCUGCUCACCUGUCGAUCACCCAGCCUCCUCCUCCUCCUCCGAUCCUCAUCUCCAUCCAUGCCGACAUCCGCCCUCUCCCUCCUUCUCCCGGCCAUCUCCCUCGAAUCCCCGCAAGCGGUCUAGCCAAGCCCGAUUCCUUGCACCAGGGAGUGCUACUGCCGCUCGUACCAGAUGCCCUUGCGCUCAUCCGCACCACCCCUCUUCCCAGUCGGGCAUUGGUCCUCGCCUCCGAUGUCUCCACUGGCCGGCCCGGCACUGGCCUGGCCACUGGGCUCCUCCAGUGUGGCCUUCCACUGUUGGUGUCUCAGGAGCUGGCCAUCACUGGCCCCUCUGAGCCACUCACUAUCUUAUCUGGGUUUGUCAUUAUCUACUUGUCAUCUGCCAUUGUUCCAUGGCAGUGA